GUUUGUUUUGAACUAUGGCGGCGCAUCGAGCGGCCUCUGUCGAGGCCACUGAUGGAACGCACAGAAAACUCAAGUCUGACAAGUCAAAGAAGCGAAAACGCGCUAGUGUCUAUAAUCCCGUGCUAGUAGGAGACGCAUUGACUUCCGAUUAUGUUUCGAAAAAGAAAGCAAUUGCUACGGCUCCUACAAAAGCUGAGACUCGUGGUGACACAUAUGCGAGUGCUUUGUCCGUUUUGUUGGAGAAGGCGAAAAACAAGGAUAAUGGCGAUGCUAUCUUAUCUGAUUCGAAGGCGCUUCAAGAAAGCAAAAUGCAUCAGAAAUUGGAGCUCGAAAAGGCGUCUUAUCUUCUUAUGACUAAGUUACAAAAAAAGCUUUUAUCUUCUAGAAACCACACGAUUCCGACCGCUGAACUUGACGAUGUCGAGAUAAAGUUAAAAAGGCUCGCGACCAAGGGCGUCGUGAAUCUUUUCAACGCUGUUAAAAAUUACCAGAGGGAAUCAAAAGCCAAUUUAGAUACUUCGUAUUUUGAUAAAGAUGCGUUCAUGCAAAUACAGGAUCCUAAAAAGACGAAAACGAAGAGACAAAAAGUAUCCUCCGAUGUCCAGCCUGUCCAGAAAAAAAAGCAGGAAAGUGAGCCACCAACAUGGGAACUUUUGAAAAAUGAUUUUGGCUCAAAACUUAAAAACUGGGACAAGAACAGUGAUGACGAGUAAUCGUUUUG